CUCCCUAAAUAGCUGAGGAUGACUUUGAACUUCUGAUCUUCCUGUCUUCACUGGGAUUGCACCACUGCCUUACCAAGUGCUAGGGACUGAACCCAGGGCCACUUGCACAUUAGGCAAUUAGAGAUCUACAUUUCUAUCUUCAAGAAGCUGUUUUAUUGACUGUAUUUAAACCCUGUCUUGAAAAAAAAAAAAAAAAAAACAAAAACCAAGCAAGCAAGCUACCGACCCUGGCAAACAAAACAAAACCCCCAAACAAACAAAAAUCAAAACCACACAUUAUGACCAUUGUUUUGGCGUUGGAAAAAUUGGUGGGUUCGAAUCCAUUGGUGGUAUCAAGUAGAAAUCGCUAUGCAGGAGCCACUCAGGUUAGAAAGAUAUGGAUGAAAAUUAGAGGUGAGAAAGUGUUAGACUGAGGCCCAUGGUGAAGCUCGAGGGAAAGCAGGGCCUGAGAGAGUUAACUUUGUCUAGGAUAAAGAACCUGAGAAGGGGAGAGAUGGGACUCUGGAUGGCAAUUUUUCUGAGAGGUCUUGACAGGUUCAUGUUAUUCCUGCAGAGUGGGAGCCAUUGUGUUUGGUGAGGCAUGAUCAGAUCUCUAUUGUAAAAAUCAUUCAGAGCUGAGUAUGGUGUGAGCACACUCUAAUCUCAAUACUCAAGAGGCAGAGGCAGGUGGGUCUCUGUGAGUUUGAGGCCAAUCUGGUUUAUAUAGCAAGUUCUAGGACAGAGGCUCACAUAGAGAGACCCGGUCUCAAAACAAAAACAAACCAACAAACGAACGAACACAUUUAUUCUGGCAUGACAAGUUUGCUCUCAGUCUUUAAUCCUGGCACUUGGGAAGCAGAAGCAGGAAGAGCUGGAGUUCAAGGUCAAUGUCAGGUACAGUUGUGAGUUUGAGGCUAGCCUGAGUUAUGUCAGAUCCUGUCUCAAAACACACACAGGCACAGGCACAGGCACAGGCACCUGCACCCACACGUGCACAUGCCCCCGCCCACUCCCACACACAUGCACACACACAUACACACACACACACACACACAUGCACACACAUGCCCACUCCCAUGCACACACACACACACACACACAUACACACACGCACACACAUGCACACGCGCACAGACGCCCACCCCACACACAUGUGCGUGCACACACACACACACACGCAUGCGCACACACACGCCCACUCCCACGCACACGCACACGCACACGCACAUCCCUUAUCUAAACUCUUCCAGAAACUGUAUAGCAAGGGCUACUUAUUGUAUGCACCAAGACUACUAAUGGUUGCCCACACCACUGCUUCCAGAUAGUGAGGCCGUCCGGGAGUCUAAGAACGAUUUGGGAACUUGGCUGAAAUGCUGGGUUCUGUAUCUGAAACCAGGAGAUUUGAGUUUGGUAAAUUCGGGAUUUCUAGAAAGCACUUCGGAUGCAGAACCCAGGCAAGUCCAGGUAAGAGAAUGCUGUUUGAUCUUCAGAGGUGUGGAUGGCAGAGAAAACAGGCUUCACACAGGAUCUGAAGUGAUGCUCUCGAUCUUCCCAUUCCUGUCUCCGUUCAGAGCAGCCCAUUCUCUUGACUCCUCAUACACCACGGCUACCUUCGAUGUCUUAUUUCGUUCACACACUGAUGCCUUCUCACAUUCAGGAUCUCAUUUAACCUUCAACUGGAUAAGCUUCCUUUCUGACUUGCCUGCCCCUAGUCAUAGGGUGUCACUGAGUCUUUCUGGGCUGCCUGUCCUUAAGAUCAAGGUCUGGAUCUUUUGUUUAGCAUUCAAGGCCCUUCAGGAGCAUCUGCUCCUGUCAUUCCCUGACACUCCCCACCUCUGAGCGCUCUGUGCUGCUGUAAUCUGCCGGUUACUUCCAGCAUUGUCCUAUCCUGAAGUCUUCCCUCCAACUCACCCUUCCCUCCUCCUCCGGCUUGUGUGUGACUGUGUCUCCCCGGGGAACAGAGAGAGCUGCCAGGGGCCACCUGCCAGGACCUUUGUGCAUCAUAAAAUAUGUGUCUUCUCCAUCUGAAGUCCUAAUCCUCUGCUUGUGACGGACAAUCGGUCACUAUGGCAACUGACUGUGACGUCACAGGAGAAGGACUUCAGGUGAAGUAGCAGGAGCAGGUGAGUGUUUAAGGAGACAGAUUUUAGUGGCUGUUGGCGGUUCCCCACCCCCUGCACUCUCCUGCAGUGUAGGGGGCUUGGAGGGAUCUCUCCGGCCCCUGCUGUUUUUGAAAAUGAUGCGGUGAGAGUGUGUGCCUGGCAUCUGCGUGCUGCAGCAGUGUGGGGCUGACAGUGUGUCAACUUGAGCUCUGGCUGUGCAGGCACCGCUGCUGCGGGAGCCUGUUAUUCCAUUCUGGAUUGCUAUUUUGAUACCCAGAUUGCAUCAUUCUUCCUACGUAUAAACAGGGGGUCCCCAGGGCCCUGCAGCUACUCACUUCUCCACCAACACUGUUGUUGUGAUGAGCUCUAUUUAAAUGAGCUGCCGGAUCGGGGGCAGGUUCCAGCCACAUAUGAGCACUGUCAUUUUGGGGAACAUGGAGGGCUGAAGGAUUUUUGUGGAUCGAGUCCUAAAAGGCCGAGGGUGACGGCCUCCCGAGCUGAGCAGAGGGACGGCAGAGCUAGUUCCCGAAAGUUGAAAAAAUCUCGUUUUCUUCCCUCUGAGCUUCUAUUCAGAGGCACCCAGAGGAUUAGGAAGGAGAUGCAGCUAGGAAGAGAGGCGCCUCUUUGAGGUCUCCCUCUUGCUGCUCAGUUUGGGAAAAUUGCUGCAGAGACUUGGAGAUAAACAGGAACAGGAGGAGUCAACCUCGCUCUUUCUUGCAGGAGCAUCUCAGAGCUCAUCUCCUGCCCUGGAUGUCAGCGCAUCUAUCUUACCAGAGAUGUAACUGAACAUAUUUUUCUUCAGUGCUUUUCUCCUGGGAAACCCACAAUGGCCAGGAGCUGCUCUGAGUGCAAGGAGAAGCGGGCGGCGCACAUCCUCUGCACGUACUGCAACCGCUGGCUGUGCAGCUCCUGCACGGAGGAGCACCGGCAUGUCCCAGCCCCAGGGGGCCCACUCUUUGCAAGGGCACAGAAGGGAUCCUCAGGGGUCAACGGCGGCUCUGGGGACUUCGCCUUGUACUGCCCUCUGCACACACACGAGGUGCUCAAGCUCUUCUGUGAAACAUGUGAUGUGCUCACCUGCCACAGCUGCCUGAUGGUGGAGCACAAGGAGCACAGGUGCAGACAUGUGGAAGAAGUUCUACAAAACCAGAGGAUGCUUCUGGAAAGCGUGACUACCCAGGUGGCACAUAAGAAGUCCAGCCUGCAGACAUCGGCAAAGCAAAUCGAGGACAGGAUUUUCGAAGUGAAACAUCAGCAUAGGAAGGUGGAAAACCAGAUCAAAAUGGCCAAGAUGGUCCUCAUGAACGAGCUGAACAAACAGGCCAAUGGACUCAUAGAAGAGCUUGAGGGCAUUACUAAUGAGAGAAAGCGAAAGCUGGAGCAGCAGCUACAGAGCAUCAUGGUUCUCAACCGUCAGUUUGAGCAUGUGCAGAAUUUCAUCAAUUGGGCUGUCUGCAGCAAAACCAGUGUCCCCUUCCUUUUCAGCAAAGAGCUGAUUGUGUUUCAGAUGCAGCGGCUGCUGGAGACGAGUUGUAACACAGAUCCUGGCUCUCCUUGGAGUAUCAGAUUCACUUGGGAGCCCAACUUCUGGACCAAGCAGCUGGCUUCCCUUGGCUGCAUAACCACUGAAGGUGGACAGCUGACUCGGGCAGAUGCUGCGCCUGCCGCUUAUGGGAAUUUACAGGGGCAGUCAUCCUUUUAUCAGAGCCACCAGGCCCCCAUGGCUCAGCAGGAGGCGCUCAGCCAUCCCUCACACAAGUUCCAGUCUCCAGCCCUGUGCUCCUCAUCUGUCUGCUGCUCCCACUGCUCCCCAGUCUCGCCUUCCCUCAAAGGCCAGGUCCCCCCACCCAGCAUCCACCCUGUUCACAGUUUCCGGCAGCCUUCUGAGAUGGUGCCCCACCAGCUGGGGUCACUGCAGUGUCCCACACUGCUGCCCAGAGAGAAAGAGCCAGCCUGCAGUCCUCACCCACCCAAAUUGCUGCAGCCCUGGUUGGAGCCACAACCUCCUGCAGAACAGGAGGGUACAUCCCAAAGGCCAGGACAGCAGCUGGUUUCCCAGCCCGUGUGCAUCGUCCCUCCACAAGAUGUGCAGCCAGGGGCUCAUGCCCAGCCCACCAUACAGACACCCUCCAUCCAAGUUCAGCUGGGCCACCAUCAGAAGCUAAAGCUCAGCCACUUUCAGCAGCAGCCGCAGCAGCAGCCACCACCCCCACCACCCCCACCUCUGCCCGCCCCCCAGCAUGCACCUCCACCCUUGCCUCCAUCCCAGCACCUGGCUUCCAGUCAGCACGAGAGCCCUCCUGGGCCUGCCUGUUCCCAGAAUGUGGACAUUAUGCACCACAAGUUUGAGCUAGAGGAGAUGCAGAAGGACUUGGAACUUCUCCUGCAGGCCCAGCAGCCUAGCCUGCAGUUGAGUCAGACCAAGUCUCCUCAGCACCUGCAGCAGACCAUCGUGGGGCAGAUCAACUACAUCGUGAGGCAGCCGGCACCCGUGCAGUCCCAGAGCCAGGAGGAUACCCUGCAGGUUACAGAGGAACCACCAGCAUCUGAGGGCCCAAAGCCAGCUCUACCUGUUGACAAGAAUACUGCCACUUCCUUGUCCCAGACAUCUGGGGAAGAAACUCCUCACAGUGCCCCUUCAGUGGACAGCAGCUCCCAGCACUCUUCUCCGAAUGUGGUGAGAAAGCACGCCACCUCAGUGAGCAUCAUGGGCUUCUCCAACACUGUGGAGAUGGAAUUGUCAUCUACGAGGCUGGCGAGGACCAUCGAGCCACAGAUCCACAGGGUGAGCAGCCUGACGGCCGCUCCCACCCACACAAUUCCGAGCUUACUGAGUGGCCCCUCACAAACUGUGUCCAGCCUGAUGAGUGUUUCAAACCAUGCCAUGCCAAGCCUGACAGCCAGCCACCUGCAGCCUGUGCCAAACCUUGUGCGUGGCGCCUUCCAGUCCACGCCCAACCCGAGGGGUGAUUCCUCCCAGGCCAUCACAAGCCUGGCGAGCACGCACUCACAAGCUGGGCCCAGCCUAGUGUCUGGGCACACCCAGGCUGUGCCAAGUCUGGCCACUUGUCCUCUGCAGGGCAUGCCUCCAGUUUCUGACCUGCACGUGGAGCCCAGAUCCGUAUCCAGUCCUGGGUCUGGCCCAACUGCAGAGAGCCUGGGACCCAGGGAUGGGGCUGAGUCCUCCCUGGGGAAUGCCUUGUGUAAGCUGGAAAGUGAGGAUGGUACCCGUUUCACAGACUCAGUAGGACAAGGUCCCACAGCCCCCAGUCUGGAUGAUCCCAAGGAUUUGGCUAUUCCCUCAGAACUGGAGGAACCAAUUAACCUGUCUGUGAAAAAACCUCUCUUGGCUCCAGUGAUCAGCACAGCUGCUGCCCCGCAGCAGUCCCGGAACCUGAAAGAAUAUGAGAAUUUUGAACAAGGAGCCCUAGAGCUGGAUACAAAAGAGAAUUCGAACAGCAGCGCUAUUGGCAGUGAGCCCAAGAUCCCCUAUGUGCGACUGGAGAGGCUCAAGAUCUGUGCUGCCCCAUCAGGAGAGAUGCCUGUGUUCAAGUUGAAGCCCCAGAAAAAUAGCCAGGAUGGGAGCUUCCUCCUGGUGAUUGAGUGUGGCGCCGAGUCUUCCAGCAUGUCCAUUAAGGUCAGCCAGAGCAGCCUGUCUGAUGCCAACCAGGGCCCAGGUCUCGGGGGAAGAAAGGUCACUGUCACAUCUCUGACUGGGCAGCGGCCGCUAGAGGUGGACGGCACAUCUGAUGAACACAGACUCAUUCCCCGAACUCUGGGAGCCAAGAAGUGCAUCCCAGCUCCCAUAGAGAAUGAGGACUUCUGUGCUGUGUGCAUCAAUGGUGGGGAGCUGCUGUGCUGUGACCGCUGCCCCAAAGUGUAUCACCUUUCCUGCCAUGUGCCAGCCUUGCUCAGCUUCCCAGGGGGAGAAUGGGUGUGCACCCUGUGCCGCAGCCUGACGCAGCCUGAGAUGGAGUACGACUGUGAGAACGCACGCUACAGUCAUCCUGGAGUGCGUGCACUUCCUGGCCUGAGCAUGUAUGACCAGAAGAAGUGUGAGAAGCUGGUCCUGUCCCUGUGCUGCAACAGCCUCAGCCUGCCCUUCCACGAACCAGUCAGCCCCCUGGCCAGGCAUUAUUACCAGAUUAUCAAGAGGCCCAUGGACCUGUCGAUCAUCCGGAGGAAACUGCAAAAGAAGGACCCAGCUCAUUACACCACUCCAGAGGAAGUGGUGUCAGACGUGCGCCUGAUGUUCUGGAACUGUGCUAAGUUUAAUUAUCCUGACUCGGAGGUUGCAGAGGCUGGCCGCUGUCUGGAAGUGUUCUUUGAGGGCUGGCUCAAGGAGAUCUACCCAGACAAAUGCUUUGCCCAGCCCCAGCAAGAGGAUUCAGACUCUGAGGACGUAUCUGGCGAGAGUGGCUGUUCAACUCCUCAGGGCUUCCCAUGGCCUCCCUACAUGCAGGAAGGCAUCCAGCCCAAGAGGCGACGGCGGCAUAUGGAGAAUGAGAAGACGAAGAGAGUGUCGUUUCGUUUGACCAACAGCAUCUCGCAGGUGUGAGAACUGGAAGGAGGUGGGGCACGAUGGCGGCUGGUGUCCUUGUCCCUGAGACCAUCCCUCCCCAUCCUUCAGCUCAUCCUCUCCAGAACGUGGCUGUGAGAUGAGUCGUGCUGAGCGCGACGCUCCCUUCAUCAUUAGCAUCUCCAGUGUUCAUUUGGGAGCCAUAGUGCACCCACCAUAAAGACGAUUUCAGUAAAACAGGGAAGGGGGAGAUGGUCCUCAUUGCCAGAGUAACCGACACACAGGUUCUACGCCUCUUCAGGCUCAGGAGGACCUGGCUUCCUUGACGAGCUCUCUCAGCUGAGUAGAGCACACUUGGCUCACCUCUCUGCAGCCAGGGCUCAGGAGCACCGUGUGUGUCUGAACUCCUGGCUUAGACACGGGUACAAGAAAGGAAGUGAGGUUUGGAUAUAUGACAGGCCUGUGGUCCCUGUCCCAGCACAGCCAAAGAUUGUCACUGUUUGCCUUUGCUCGUCCUGUGGGGAGAGAGGCAUCUGCCACUGGCAGAAUAAUGGAGGCUUCUCGAGGCCCUAGGUCUCAAUCGGUGCCUAUUUGGGUUCUAACGGUUUUCAGGGUACUUGCUUUUCAUGUCUGCUUUCCUGAGUAGGAUGUAGGUGGUCACUUUGAAAUGCUGUGUGUAGUUUGACACUCUUGGCUGAGCUGGGUGGCAGUUUUCACUCACACCCCAGAAGAUGCCAGCUUCAGAGACUGUCCCUCUGUGUCCUGCCUUCCCAGAAGUGACUGGUAUGUGUGUCAGUGGCUCUUCCUCAAUCCCCUCUAUUCAGACAUCUGCAUCUUGAGUUCUACUUGGGACAGAUGUGAUGAGGUAUCUGCCGCAGGGACUGAGGUCCCUGGCAAGAAUGACCCACAGCCAGCGCAGCACGUCAGGCCUCUCCGGCCUAUGAUCCUAGAUCUCUUUUUUAUUCAGCCAAAGAUCAGAACUGUGGCCAUGCUGCUCACAGCUCAGAAGCAGCCCAAACUCUGUCACCCUUUGUUGUUGGAGCUUGGAGAAGGCUGGAGUGACCGGUAGGAGUCUGCUUAGGCAUUAGUAGGCUGAGGGUAGAGAAGGAGAAAAUUGAGAGGUGAGAAGCCUUAGGUGACCUUGAGGAUACAUUGGGGUUGUAGUCCUCACAGAAUGCAGAAAGGCUUUCUGGAAGCCAUGGGACUGAACUGGUGGCAACAGAGCCACAGGCCACAUUGUGGGCGGAUCACUGUAGCAUGGCAGGGUGUUUGAGAGGAAGCCUCUGAGACACAUACAGGGACAGGCUUCUUCCCAAGCAAGGGUUUGGCUGAGGAAGGACCUACUAGAUUGUACUGCUGAUGGGCCUGACGUUUCAGUGUCCUGAGGCGUAGCGUGGCUGACUUCAGGGGAUUCUUGGGCUGCGGCUUUGUUUUUGUGAAGAGGUGUAGUUUAAGGAAGUGAUUAUUCAUAGGGCUUUUCCUGGGAAGCAGUUUUCUUUUUACCAAAAACUUUUUUUGCGGGUGAGUCAGUGAGGUGACCCCUAUUCCAUCAGGCUGAGGGAGCUUCUUCCCUUUGAAGCAAGCCCUGCCCACUGUCUUGUUUUCAGCAGUGCUGCUGCCAAGCUGUCUGCAGUAGAUGGGCUUUCGUGUACCCUGCUGUCUAGUUCCAGGCAGCCAAGUCUUCAGUUUACUCUUAGGUAGGUAACCUUUGAAAGCAGUCUUCGCUCCUUGUGCUCACAAAGGUUUUUGGUUGGGGCUUAGGCUGUUUCUCUUUUGAUUUUUGCGUCUUUUUCUCUGAUUGGUCUGAUGAAGUUCCUUCAGUUCUUACCUUCCUAAUGCCUGUCGUUGGGCAUCCUUCCUUUUGUGGCCUGUAUUCCUACUAUAGUCUUCAUGGUGUUUGGCACUGGAAAGCCACCAAACACUGUGAUAGCUUGAAACCUAACAGCCUUUCCUAGAGCAGUUGGAGACUGUGGCCAUAAAAUGGAAAUGCCUGGUUCAAAGCUUGGGUUCUCUUCUCUUGGUACUCAUCGUAGAGUGUGUCCUGUUAGAGCAAGAACCAGCCUCUGGGCCCAGAGAUCUUGGAUGUGUGGUGGGCACUUCUCUUCGCCCCUCUGUGGUAAGAUACUUCCUUUGGGCAUUUGAGCAGGGCAGAUAGGGAAGAGAGAUGCCUUUUUUUCUUUAAGGAUGUGGAGCGCUGGUCCAUCACUUCUUCCCUAUACUUGUUAGUUUGUGGAAUUCCUCCUGGGACCAAGGUUAAAAGUUUUUUUUUUUGCAUGCAGAAAACAGAACUGGAAGCUUAAAAAUUAACAAAAGCAAACACCUGUUCACUAAGUAACUCUGGCUCAUUUUCACUGGAUCCUGACUCAUUUUCCCAUGGUCCCAUUGUAAAGUCGGCUAAGCUGUUUGGUCAUGGACAAAAUCAAGCAAUGGGAAUGCACUGAGUUCUGGUUGUGUGCAGCCCUAGAAGAUAAGAAACUUGUUUCUGGCUGUGCUGAGAAAUGCAAUAGUAGGGCAGCUUCAGGGGACACAAAGGGGAUUUUAGUACAAAAACUGAUACAGGAUGCACUUGCAAAGCUUCUCCCACAGAAUAUGGGCAUUUCAAACCUCUUGAAUUCUAGCAACAGGUACAUACAUGACUGCUGUAGGAACACAGAAUGGCAGCUACCUGGCCUCCUUGCACGUUGCUCUAUGUGAGACAUUGUUGGAAAGCCAGUCAAUGUUGGCUUCCUGUCCCUAGUUUAGCCACAGGUCUUUGUGUGCCUCUUGAUAUCUAAGUCCCCCUUUUUGCUAGGCUCUGCUUCACCUCCAUUCCUACUGCAUUGGUCACUUAUUGAAGCACUUCUGAGCUGAGGGUUUGCCUCUGUGGCUCCUUUCUCCACUUCACUCACUCCUAGGCGCUUGCUCUCCCUUUGUCCAUCUCCAUGGCUACAUCUACUACAUCCCUUUCUUGUCUCCCAGACUUUCAGUCCUAUCUAGGAUUCCCUCCUCUUCCCAGCCUGAAUCCAGGCCCCAACCUCCCCAGCUUCCUGCUUUCUGUCUGUCUCUCUGUCUCUGUCUGUCUCUCUGUCUGUCUCUCUGUCUCUGUCUCUCUGUCUCUGUCUCUGUCUCUCUCUCUCUCUCUCUCUCUCUCUGUCAUCUAAGCAUGGCAGGUGUGGAGCUGCAGCCUCAGUAUUGAUUGGAAAUUCUUGAACUUGGUAUUAUGCGCCUCUGAUAUGUGUCCCUCGUCUUUGUUGUUAGCCGAUGACAGCUCCCCAUCUGUUUUACUAGGAGAGUUGCUAACCGAGGGCUUCCUGCCCACUGCCUUUCUUCCUACUGACCGGUGUGUGUGUGCCGCCUCCCUCCCUUCCUUCCCUGUACUUCUAGUUCUGUAUUUCCUGAUCCCAGCUAUGCUCUCUAAAGGUUCUGUUUUUCACUUCCAGGGCUCUGCAGGCUCUCUCCAUUGCGUAGCUCUCUCUACACAGCCUAUCAAAGGACUUUCAAGAUUAAAACAAAACUGUCACAUCCAUGUCAUAGACCUAUUCCCUUCCCCAUUAUUCUUUUAAAAUAAACUAUUUGGCUGGGUGUGAGGGCAUACAUCUUGAGUCUUAGCACUCGGGAGGCAGACUAGUAGAUCUCUGGGAGUUCAAGGCUAGCUUGGUCUAUAUGUGAGUAGACCCUGUCUCCAAAAAGGAGGAAUACUUUUCGAUUCUUCCUCUUCAGUCCUCUCUAGGUUUUCCUAAGUGACCACCAGCUACCAAAUGACAUGCCUUUCACUUCUCAGCUGCCUCGAGCUCCUCACAGAGUCUCACCAGCCCCUCAUUCCCUUUGAGCAGCUCUCUCUCUUCAUGUCUUUUAGGACAUCCGAGGUUGCUACAUUAGCUUUAUCUCAGACACAGAGUCUGUGCUUGUUGGAGACCUAGACAGCAGAAUGUGCCUGGCUGUCAUCAUUUUCUCCUCCUCAGGGCUUGGGUAAGCGAGGAGAAUCAUAGCUGCUCCUGUCUUUCACGAACCCCUUCUUCCUGGAUUCGGCUCUCCUCUGGUGAGCAUGUUCAUGAGCACUUGCAGAGAGUUCUGUGUCUGAGAACAGAGAACAAAGAGAGACACGCCUGUUUGCUAAGAGCCCCCAUGUCAGUCAGCUUAAGUGGGAACUGGAUUUUGUAGCAUGUAACUUGCUGUCUGGCUCAGCUGGAUUCCCACACUGGUGGCCAGCUCACCAUUAUGAUCCAUACCAGUUGGAACCUGCCUCAGUCAGCAGGGAGUUGAGGAUCAUGGGAAAGCACGCUUCCAUGCAUGGUUCAGUGCUGAAGCCAGGAGAGUCCUGCGGGGGUGGGGGUCUGUUACCAUGACCUUCCUGAGGGAGGGGGAGACUGCGCAGUGCUGUGUUUCUGAGCUGAGCCUGGCUCAUCUGGACCCCUCCCACAAGUCUUUCUCAUCGGUGUUGAUCAUUCCACAUCUGCUUGCUUUAGAUGUUACAGGAGCUGGAGGUACAGCUUUCUGGUAGUGGCUUUCUUGGAGGUCUUGUAGAAGGACGUCUGACUUGAGUUUGGGAAUCUCAGUUUUGGCAUUGUCAACAAUGGGAGGUGUGACCUUCGGUACAGUUCUCCCAUUUAUAAAGUUAGGGGUCUUUCAGAGAUUCUAUAGUUCUAAAGAUGACAACUAUGGUUCUCACUCUGAAUCAUAAUCAGACCACAUAGGUUCAGAGGAACCCUGGAAGUGGGGACACAGCUAGUGAAGUCCCAACCAGGCAGGGUAACAAACUCUACAGGCCAAAUUGCGCUGCUUUGGAGAAUGUCUUCACUGGCUGGCUGCUUCUUGAGCCAUAUGCCCAUACCUCAAGCUGGACGCGUCUGGGUGUCUGGACACAUUCCUCCUAGGCCUGAUCAUGUGAUCUAAAGUGGCUAGGGGCAAAAGGAAAAGAUUUAAGGGGAAGCAUAAUUGAUUUUAAAUGGACCUACACAUUCAAAAUCAAAUAAAAAUAGCACUUUCCUUUACCAGCAA